AUGUCAAGCGGAAGAAAAACCCGAGGUCGCCAAAAGAUUGAAAUUAAAAAGAUUAGCGAUGAGACUAGCCUGCAAGUAAGUUUCUCGAAGCGUCGUGGCGGGCUCUUCAAGAAAGCCAGUGAGCUUUGCACUUUGUGUGGUGCAGAAGUUGCUCUUGUUAUUUUUUCUCCUGGUGGGAAGGUAUUUUCCUUUGGUCACCCCAAUGUUGAUGCGGUCAUAGAUCGUUAUCUCUCGUAUGUCCCGCCUCAAAACGAUGGUGUCACGCAAUUCAUUGAAGCUCAACGCAGCGUCAAUGUGUGUCAGCUCAAUACUCAGCUGACUCAUAUCAACAAUAUGCUGGACAACGAGAAGAGGCGUCAUGAUGAGUUGAAUCAUAUUCGCAAGAUGAUUGAGGAUCAUUGUUGGUGGGCUUGUCCCGUUGAUGGGAUGAAUUGGGCUCAACUUGACUUAUUCAAAAACGCAUUGGAGGACCUUAAGAAACGUAUUGCUCAACUUGCUGAUAGGCAUGUAAUUCAGGGUCCUCCUACCCAAACCCUGCCCUUUUUUGUUGAAAAUGGUUCAUCACCGAGCAUGCCUCUCAAUCAUCAAUCAACUCAACAUGCUCAAAUGUUUCCGGAUCAAGUUUUUCAUAACCCUAUGUUGCAACCCCAUUCAUUUGGUUUCAACAAUAUGGGAGGGGGAGCAGGAGGAGGAUAUGGAACCUCUGGAUUCUUUUAA